GUGUCCGUCGACUUGUGUGAUUGCUUUGACACGCUCGAGCUUUGGUUCGAGCCUGGCGUUCCUAACCGCUACAGGUUCGCUUCGAUCCAUCCACUGGAAGCAAUCGGCAUAUGGAAGGAGUUUAUCACGUUCCAUUCAAGUAAUCCCCGCCUGCCAUCAACAAGCUCAGAGUACUUGAGCAUCCAUGCGGCGUGUUGUAGAAUCGCUCAUCUUUCUAGAGCCUCGGACCAUUUGUACGAACUA